AUGGGGACAUGGUCCAUCAGAGUUGAGCUUGAGGUGGAAACUGGUGGCAAGCGGCAAGUGCGAAAAGAAGAUAGAUCUCCAUCCAACACAUCAAACCCUGAUUAUGAUAGAACAAGUGAACUAAAAGCUUUUGAUGACACAAAAGCUGGAGUGAAAGGCCUUGUUGAUGCUGGAAUCACAGAGGUUCCUAGAGUGUUUCAUCAACCACCUUAUAAAAUUCAGAAAACCUCAGUUUCAGGUGAUGCUCACUUCAGUAUUCCUGUUAUAGACCUUGAGGGAGUGAAGAAAGAUCCAAUUACUAGAAAGGAUAUGGUGGACAAAGUUGGGAAGGCAUCAAGGAAAUGGGGAUUUUUUCAAGUGAUCAAUCAUGGAAUUCCGGUAAGUAUUUUAGAAGAGAUGAAGGAUGGUGUAAGAAGGUUUUAUGAGCAAGACCUUGAAGUGAAAAAGCAAUAUUAUACUCGUGAUUAUACGAAACCGCUGGUCUAUAAUAGCAAUUUUGAUUUGUAUACUGGUUUAGCAGUCAAUUGGAGAGAUACAUUUCUCAGCCUUAUGGCUCCUAAUCCUCCUAAGAUGGAAGACUUGCCAGCACUUUGCAGGGAUAUAAUGGUGGAGUACUCAAAGCAAGUGCAGAAUUUGGGUAAUUUACUGCUGGAGUUACUUUCUGAGGCACUUGGGCUGAAACCUGACCACCUGAAAGACAUGGAUUGUGGCAGGGGGCUUGCUAUGCUAUGCCAUUACUAUCCCGCGUGUCCACAGCCAGAAUUGGCUCUGGGAACAAGUAAACAUGCAGAUAAUGGCUUUGUCACGGUGCUUCUACAAGAUCAUAUUGGUGGCCUCCAAGUACUUCAUGAAGAUAAGUGGAUUGAUGUACCUCCCACACCUGGGGCUCUAGUAAUUAAUGUGGGAGAUCUUUUACAGCUUAUAUCAAAUGACACAUUUAUAAGCGUGGAGCAUAGAGUGUUGGCAAAUUCAGUUGGACCUAGAGUAUCAGUGGCAUGUUUUUUCAGCACUAAUAUAAUGCCAGACUCGAGGCUAUAUGGACCUAUUAAGGAAUUGUUAUCAGAAGAGAAUCCUCCAAAAUACAGGGAAACCACAGUGAGGGACUAUGUGCUAUUCUCCAAUGGAAGAGGCCUUGAUGUUGAUGGUACUUCUCCCUUGCUGCAUUUCAGGCUAUGAAUUUGCAGCUGGGAGGUGCAAAGAAGCCAUGAUAGGAAAGAUAAUUUAUGAACUGAAUAAUUUGGUCAAUGUCUGAUCAUUGAACUGUGUAUCAUAUUAGAGGUAUCUCGGUGCCUCCAUGAAUUAUAAGGAUUUCCAAGUUAAUGUAUACCGCUAGAUAUUCAAUCAUGUUGAAUAACUUUUUUUCCCCAUUGUAAUACUAUCCCAGAAGAGUCCAAUGCCAAACUUUUGCAUUCCUAAUUGGACAAAUAUAUUUGUUGUUUGGCUAGAGGACAAAUACAUUUAUGGGCAAAAAUUCCAGUUAUUGAAAAAUUGGGUUUGAAAAUGCCUCUUAUAUGGACAUGUGGGAAA